AUGUUGAUGGAGUUCUACAUCCCUUUCCCUUGUCAGGAUGCCCCACAAGAUAACGAAGCGAUGGAAUGCCUGAAGGAGUCCUGUAUGCUUCAGCUCAGUAGAAUAGUUCGCAUCACUGGUGCUUCUAUAGUCCUAUCAUCGAGUUGGCGGUUCUUCCCUAGCACUCGACAGAGGUUGCAAGAUAGGCUUAUGCGUUACGGCAUUCCACCAUUCAAACGAUGGAUCGCUGCUGACAUCAAGCGGGACGUAAAGAACCGGAUGGAUCUCAUCAUGGAAUUCGUCGGAGCUAAUUCGGAGUUAGUCAGCGAUGGUUGGGUGGUCAUCGACGAUGCCGAUCUCGUUGUCAAUGAAACGAGCCUUAUUGCGGAGGUCUUCAAGCAACACUUUGUACGGACAGACCCCGUGAUAGGGUUGACGAAGGACGCGGCUGACAAAGCUAUAGCGAUACUUCGUGAGAACAACUGUUCGAGUAGCUCUCCUGACGAAUAACCACAUGAGCUCUGAGUCCAAUGCAUUCAUAGUUCCUGUCGUGCAUAUCCCUUUAUUGGUUUGCGUACGAAUCGGUAAGAGAGUUUCAUUCAAGUAUAGAGUGACCCUCGUCAUGGCGUGUCUGCGUCAUACUAAACACAAUCACCGUUGGCUGAACGGACUUCAAGCCUAUUUGU